AUGAAGACUCCCUUCUUCAUCAUCUUGAUGAUGAUGAAUUUUGCAAUCAAAGUAUUUGCUGCUUAUUCUGCUGCCAAUAAUUCUCAUGAUGCAAAAAUGUCUGAUGAUGUUAUUGCUGAUAUUGGGAACCCAUCAGCUGUUUCUGAUCAUCGCCGAGCCUUGACUGCAGAUGACAAGGAAGCCUCAUUUUUGGCAGUCAUCACAUUUACAGUGCAAGGCAGUAUUGAAGAUUACGACAGCGGUGUCCUCAUAUCGCCCAAGGCAUUGCUGUCAGCAUACAAGAAGUUGAAUCUAGCCUAUUGGAGCAAUGAAGGAUUCAUGCCAGAACAAGUGUUGGCCACAUGUGGCCAAUUGGAUAGUGCCACUUCCCAAAACUACCAAACUCGUUCAAUCAACUGGAAUGACGUCACUGCAUUCCCAGGAUACACACAACCAACCUCUGAAGAUGUUAAUUCACUUUUCAAGAGCAGCCAAGCAAUUGCUGUUGUGAAUGAGUCAUUCAUCAUAGGAGAAGCUGUCAGGACAAUAAGAAUUGCGGUAGAUGUUGGAACAAAUCUUGCAGGAGUCAAAAUAUAUGGGAUUUAUGGCGUAAUUGCCUCUGAAGUGUAUAACAGUGUUGGUGUCAUUGGCCAAGGACGAGCUUUGUCAAUUAAUGACCAGGACGCUGCAUUCAUGAUCAGAUUGUUUGUAACAGUAUCCACAGGCGUUUCAGUUACUAUUGAUCCAGGUUGCCUCAUAACACCCAGGGCCAUUCUUGCUCUCUACAGAAACCUGAAUCCUGCGACUUAUGCUUCCAGUAAUCGACUAACAAACGUGACUGCCACAUCUGGAGUGCUGGCAAGUGCCAGUUUACAAGACCGGCAAGACAAACCUGUGGCACUGAGUGACAUAACACCAUUCCCGCGAUAUGAUGUACCAACGCUCACAAAUAUCAAUUCAUUAUUCAAAAACAAACUGGCCCUUUUGUUGGUGUCAGAGCCCUUCAUUCUUGGGGAAACAGUCAAGACCAUCAGGGUGUCAACUGAUACCUGGUCAAGUCUUGUGGAACCUGAUGCAGUUUAUGAGAUGUAUUCAGAAAUUCCUACUACCAGAAAAGUUGGUAAGAUGAUGCCCACAUUUUUGGGGAACAAAAAUCAACAGCAGAAAAAACUUGAGUUAUUUGGCCCUGGACUUGGGGAAGAAGAGAAAGUCAUUUUGCCCAAGGAUGGGUUUCAAGAUGCAGUAGCAAUGGUUGUGCGAGGAUCUGAUGGACUCCAGUACUUGGCAGCUAUGGCUGAACGGUCCUUCUGUGGUCCUGCUCCCAUCUCUUUGGCCUACAACCACAAUUACUGCCCCAACAACUACCUCUACAUCCACAUCUACAUCUACAUCCACAUCUACAUCUACAUCUACAUCUGCAUCUACAUCCAGGUCUACUUCAAUUUCUACUCCAAGGACCAUUGCAUCUACCCUGAACACUAA